AGUAACUGGCUGCCUUAUACUGGCCUCUUGUCUUUAUUUGUGUGUCUCUCUUCCUCCUACAGUUAUGCCUCUGAUGUGACAUCGGGGAUGAGUGAUGGCUAUGAGGGGUUGUCAGCGUCCGAGAGAAGCAUAAAGUCCCCAGUGAAGCGCACCUCUGGGAAACUCCUUCGCCGGAAAAACCGCUCUAGACUGCGCAUCCUCAGCCUGUCUGACAAGACAGACCGAGUGGUUGAGUGUCAGCUGCAGACGCACAACAACAAAAUGGUGACCUUCAAAUUCGAUCUGGAUGGAGACAGUCCUGAAGACAUUGCAGCAGUAAUGGUUGCCAGUGACUUCAUUCUACCUGCGGAGAAAGACAGCUUCCUCCUUCGAAUCCGAGAGAUCAUCAGUCGGGCGGAGAGCUUGAUGAAGAAGGAGAGCGAGGAUGGACAUGAACAGAGGGUGCCCACCACCAGUGGACCUGCUGUAUUCUCUGCCUCUCAGCCCAACUUGCAUAUGCCAGAAUUGUUACGUUCCUGGUCUUCAUCAUCCUUACCAGAUUUUAUGUCGGCUCCGGCUGUGUCGCCUCCCAGCAGAUCUUCUCUGGACAGCCCAAUGUCUGAAGGGUGCUUCUACAUUGGUGCAGACGUUACCUCACCCGGCCAGCCAGCGAGGCCCCCUUCAACCGCCUCUACUCCAGCAUCUCCAAAUGUCUUCAACCAGGCAGCUGUACCCUCUCCGGCAGGGAUGGCUUCCCCUUCAGCGUCUGUCACGCCACUCAGCCCCCAGCAGAAUGUCCCUACCUACACCCCAGCACAAUAUGUCCCAGAAGAACUCAUGUCCCCUUAUUCGGUGAACUUAGGCCCUCCGCUGUACACUCACCCCUCGCACCACCUCACCCAGUUGGCAGGCAGCCACUUAUCAUCCCCACCAUCUCCUGUACCACCCAGACAGCCCAAUCUCAUCCACACAGCAUAUCAGGAGGGGUUUGUGGGCCAGCACCAGGACCCUGCCGCCCCGGUGGCCGUUCCUCUGGUCACACAGGCUCAGCAGCAACCUCUUAACAUGUGGCCCUCGCCUGCCCAGCCCGUCUUUUCGCUGGCAAAUGUCCUGUCCCUGGCAAUGAGCGUAGCACAGUCCUUCCUACCUUCUGCUGGUCCAGCUGCCAGCACGCUAGCCCAUGGGCUACCACAAGGGGGCAGCUAUGUCCAGCCACUGCCAGUUCACAUUGCUGCCCAGCCACCCUACCAUCCGGUGUACCUUCAGAUGCCCAUCUUUCACGGGACGCAACAUCCUGCCUACAGUGCCACCGUCCAGCCCCAUCAGCCUGCCUCUUUGGAUCAUCACAGACCUCCUGUCAUGUCCAGUACUGUGGGGUCCACUGAGGUUCUGCGCCCAGGUCCCCCGACGGUCUCUCCUGCAGGGCUACUGCCAUCUUACUUUCAACAUUCUUCUUCUGCCGUCCCGGUGCCCGCGGCUACUCAGCUCGUCAGCAGUUCCCCUGUCCUGCCAGCUAGCCCAGCAAGCUCUGUGCCCCUCGUUUCCUUGGAUGGAUCCUCAACUCCACAGCCACAGUCCUCGCCGGUAAUGAUGACAGCAGGGGGCGCCAUCAGCUUGGUGUCAUCGAGCCCAAAGUCCGCAGCUGAUCUGGAGUCUCUGGGGACGAGUCCUAGCAAAGCCAGGCUGUCACCCAUCCACGAAGAACUCAAGCCAACGGUCGUUGGGAGAUUCCAGGUGACCCCAAGCAAGGAUCACACGGCAGCUACCGCCUCCAAAAGCAGUCCUGGCAAAGAAAGCGAAACAGAGAGCAGCACAGAAGAUCAGGAGGACUCGGAGGGGACAUCUGUCAUCAUGCUCCCCACAUUGUCGUCAGCGGCUGAUGGCGAUGUAGGCAGUGACCAGCAUAGCUCCAGCCAUGGCCCUGAACAGGUGGAAGAGGAAAGAGAAAAUAAGAGUGAAGAAGAGGAGGAGGAGGAAGAGCAGCAGCAUCCGUCACAAUGUGAGCAGCUGGACACCUCCAAUGAGACGGAGAGCAAAGCCUUAGACAGGGGUGGUGGGAGCACCCAUCACUCCAUGCCUCUGAAUGUCUGGCUGCACUACUCCUACAACACCUCGUACUUCAGCAGUGACGAGACAGAAAGUGAGGAAGACAACGACAUCUGGGAGGAACUGCAGACCCUGCAAGAGAAGCACAUGAAUGAGGUGCAGAACCUUCAAGCUUUGCAGAAAAGGGAAAUUGAGGAGCUUUAUGAGAAGAUGGGCAAGGUGCCACCGCCAGGAAUCAUGUCGCCAGCCGCCAUGCUGUCGAAUCGCCAAAGACGUCUCUCUAAAGGGGGUGCCUACCCCUCCUCGCGGCGCAACAGCCUGCAGCGUCUGGAGAGUCUGCCCCCAGCGGGGAUAAUGAGGAGGAACUCGCUGACGGGGAGCAUCAACGGAUCACAGGAGCGAACAUACAAGGGCAUCCAGUUCAGCGGGGACUGCGGCAGGGUGACGGUGAUGGAUGGAGAAGCCUUCUAGACUACCUCAGCUGAUCCAGACACACCAGAGGACUGGCCAAGCACUGAUGGACAACGAGCACACGUGCUUUCAUGUCCUUCCACCCUAUUGUCUACUCACGAAAAAAAAAAAGAAAAAAACGGGUGGCAAGGCCAAAGACUCAAGUGAAAGUGAGGACACGGUGUCCUUCGGCCCCUCCCCGGGUCAAUGGGAGUUCUUUACGCGAAGCAUGAUGGCACUCCACGGGCAGUCGAAGAAAGGAAGACAAGCCGAGUUGACCCUCACCUUUAACGACUACGAUUGUGCUGAUCUGCUGCUAGCCCCUCCACCCUGUCCUCUACCCAAAAACAAGACUUGCUAAAGGUGGUCCUUUCUAGGAAAACAACCAAAGUAAGGAGACUUUAAACAGCUGCAAGUGAAAUGGCGCCCCCAGUGGACACAGGGUUAAGUACACCCUGUGACGUCUCCAGCAGACACUUUUAUUAUGGGUUAGCGGGUUGCAUGGUUAUGGAAUUGCCUCAUUUUGACUCAUUCUGCCCCUAGUGGAUACAUAGGGUAUAGCGCAGCGGAUCCCUCUGUUGCCCCAGGAAGGAGGUUCUCACUGCAGCAAUGCGGAAAUGCGGUCUGCCUAAACAAGGACAGCGUUAAGCAUUUAACUCCACCUGUAAUUCACUGAGGUCCCCCUGAGCUCCAUGGUAGACCGGAAAGACAUGACCUGCACAGAAACACUUUUGUAAACUUGGAUCACUCGACAAUCGUCAUUAUUUGAGUCGGAUAACCCCCCUACAAACUGACUCAUAAAAACGAUAGUGUUACCUGUUGCUGUAACCUGACUACUGUCACUACCAGCGUGCAGAAUUGGGGGUGGGGCCUGUGGAUUGUGGGCGGAGCUCAACAUGUAACUCAACCCAUGUCUAGCCACGCCCCAUUCCACAAGCUGCACCAGGGGGUUGCUUGAGCCCCAGUAGAUGUUCAGGGUUAACCACAUUGACUAACUCUGCCUCAGUGGAUCAACAGCAAACCACUCGGCAACUACAGAGUUUAUCACAUUGACUCACUCUAGGCCCCCUAGUGGACGUGUAGGUUUAGCUCACCACAUUGUGCUGCCCCUAGUGGAUAUUCUGGGUUCAGCACACCAGCUUACUCUUUAACUAGUGGACAAAUAGGGUAUAUCACACUGACACACUCUAGGCUCUGCCCCAGUGGAUAUAUAGUGUUUAGCACACCAAUCACUCUGUGACUAGUGGGGAUAUGGAGUUUAUGAAUUGGACUCACUUUAGGCUACUGGUUUAUCACAUUGACUCACUCCAGGCCCCAGUAGAUAUACAGCACUGAACACACCAAAUCACU